GAGCUCCAGCAGGCUGAAUCACAACAACAUCCGCAGACAGGGCUGAGCAGGUAGUUGUGUGUGUGUGUGUGGAUGCUCCAGUGGGCCAGUAUGGAGUGUGUGUGCCUGAGGCGGUGGGGUUCACAUACUGCUGUCCUGUUCCUUCACACACUGGCCUGGUCCUGGAUAGGUGCAAUUGAACCCGUGCCCAAAAUCGACGGACGGCACCGGUCGGCUCUCACAAUGCAGGAAAACACGACACACAAGUUCAGCUGCCAGUCAGACGGCUGGCAUCCCCGUGCCCCACCCACACUGACCUGGUACCUCAACGGGGAGCAGCAGAGCGAGCCAUCACCGAACCGCGGGCGCCUGGUGAUGACAUCACAGGAGGAGUCUGAGGUCAUGAGGCCCAGGGCCCGUCACAACAGCACCUUCUCUCUGCGGGCCAACAAGUGGGACCGAGAGCUGGUGUGUACCGCCUCGAACCCCAGGACAGGAGAGAGCUACAAUGCCACGGUCACACUCAACAUUCAGUUCCUGCCGGAGAUCCUCAGAGUCAACGCUCAUUACAGUGAGACCGCAGACGCCGGCCUCUCCUUGGUGCUCUUCGCCUUGGUUCGAUCCAACCCACCUGCCACCAUCAGCUUCGUGGACCAGUCCGGCCAGCUGGUGGCCAACACCUCCGACUUCCUCAUCCUGGACUCGCGAAGCUACCCCUGGCUGACCAAUCACACGCUGAGGGUCACGCUCAGCAGCCAUUCAGGGAAUGUGUCGCUGAACGCCAGCAACAGUGUUGGAGCGGUGCAGAGCAACCUCACACUGGCAGAGUUUCUGCAGUCUCGCGUUGAGGUGCCGAUGGUGGGAAUAGUGACAGGAGGAGCUAUGGCCUUCAUGGCCCUCCUCAUCCUCAGUCUGAUAGUGCUCUGCCUCAUGCAAAAGAACAAGAGCAAGAUCAUCGAGGAGCCAGUGGAGAUUCUGAUGACCAAAAAAAGCAACUCAGCCAACCUGAAGACGGAGAAUGUUGAUAAGGCCUACCUCCCCAGAGAGAAUAUGUCUCUGCCUUCCAACAUGCAGCUCAAUGACCUCAGUGCUUUGCGGAAAGCGCGGGAGGUCGCCCAGCAGAACAGCGUGGAGGAGAGGAGGAUAGAGGAGGAGGAAGAUCUGUCUGUUGCCUACGCCGCCCGAGGGUUUGCCCGGUACCCAAUGGUGGGCUACAUCUAUAAGGUGAACAGCACAAGCAGUGAAGAAAUCUGGCUUUGACUAACCUCAAACACACACACACACACACACUCUCACACACAUACGUAGCUACAUACAUACACACCCACCCACACAUGCGCAUGCACAACGUCCACAAACAAAGCGUCGCCGACGGCCGUCCAAUAAGAAACCCAGAAGAACUGCCAUUCAUCCAUUCAUCCAAUCAUCAGUCGCCUUCAAGCUGGAAAGAUUUCACCAGGGAACAAAAUCUGAUUUAUUUUGCAGCCAUAUCCUUAUGGAGAGGCUUAUUGGUGUGUAACAAAACUAUAUUAAAGUAUCAAAUAUGAAUUUCAGUCAAAUUAGAAGCUCGUCAGACACAAAAACAGUUGAUGAAACGUUGUGAGAAGUACUUGUGUCAUUCAUUCUAAGAAUAAAUAAGUGUCUUUUUAACAAGAUUGGGAAGAUAACUGCUAUCUGUUAUGAAUCACACACAAACACACACACACACACACACACACACACACACACACAAAAUACAUAACCCAUAUCUUAAAUGUUUUCCAAAUGUUUUGUCCCUGCAUUCUGUAAUCGCACACUCAUAAUCUCCUACCUGCUGCAUUAUGGAAUGUUUUAAUGUUCUUUCUAUGCUAACACAAGAAUGUCUGAGAUUAUGUGCUGUAUGUAAGAUUUUACAUUUUGACAAAUAAUUCAGAGCUACGAAUAUCUCUCGGCAAGAUGGUACAUAAAUACACAGUAUGUAUUUGUAUAUGGACGCGUGACAUGUACUGUAUAUUUGUAUGCAUAUGUAUAUGUGUAUAAAAGAGGAAGUCUAA